AUCAGCUUGGUUGGCAGAUUCAGGUGGUAAAUCCUGACCCUGCCUCUGACUGUAACACGGCCCAGAGCCCUCUGCUCUCCCUCGUAGUUUAUUUUUUAGCCCUGCAUCGGUUGCUUCCCUUCCCUUGUGCCGCCAUUAAAGCCCGUAAGCUUGGUGUUUGGAUAUCGGGAAAGGGGUAACAAUGAUUUAAAGUGUCAAAGCAGACGGCCGAGGGACGGGACUAGGGGGUGUUCUUGCUCCACGGUAUGUAUGGACAUUCAACUGCCAACUACACGGCGCACCAAAGAAGUAAAUAUGCGGUUAGUGUCGGUCAAGUGAGAGAAGCCUGAGUUCGGAUUGGGUUUCUCUGGUCUGGGGGGAAGCUCGGGGAAGCUCCAUUUGUUUUGGCUGCAGUGGCAAACUGAGGAGUGUCAACACAGCAAAGCAAAGUGAACUGCUUGCUGUGUGAUCUCCUUAAGAGUGGAUCUGCCGAGCUGAGAACCCCUCUGAACGGCAGGAAGCCUCCCUCAGCGGCGGUGUGACGAUGACCGAGCUGGUUGCCAAGUGGGCCUGUGAAUACUGCACAUACGAGAACUGGCCGUCAGCCAUCAAGUGCACCAUGUGCCGCGCUCAGAGGCCCAGUGGGGGUGCCAUCAUUACUGAGGAGCCCUUCAAGAGCAGCCCUGCUCUGGAUGCCAGUCUGCACCAGUGGAACCCUGCAGGCCUCAGCAAAAGCCCAUCUCAGGGGGGCUCCAGCUUACUUAUUUGUCCAGACUCCAGUGCCCGACCACGUGUCCGCAUUGUUGAUGUACCUGAGACUAGUAGCAAGUGGUCGUGCCACAUGUGCACCUACCUGAACUGGCCUCGGGCCAUCCGUUGCACCCAGUGCCUGUGCCAGAGGCAACAGGCUCAACAACAACAACAGCAUGGGCAACAUGGAACCCAUCAAGGACAUACCCAGCAUCCACGCAGCCCCACAGAGUCACCCCAGACCUCAGGCUCUGGAUGCCACCCUGCUCCCCCAGCCACCACUACAGACCCCUGUGAGGAAUAUAAUGACCGUAACAGGCUCAACACUCAUGCACAGCACUGGACCUGCACUGCCUGCACUUACGAGAACUGGGCCAAGGCACUCAAGUGUGUGGUUUGCGACCACCCCAGGCUGAAUAGUCUGCUAGCUGAACCCAUCAAACUGGCAUCAGAGCCUGAGAGCCAACAACCUUCCUCAAAACUUAAUGAACAGGACAGGGACAACAGGAGGGGUGUUGUUGGGCAUGUGGUUGGGCAAGGAGUAGGGAGUGUGGUAAGUGGGAUGGGGGGUUGUAGUAGCAGCCAAAGAAGGUCACCCCCGACCUCAAAACGGGAGUCAGAGGUGAACAUGGACUUUCAGAGGAUUGAACUGGCGUCAGGGGCUGGGAUUGGGAGUAAAGAGGAACUGGAGGUGGAUUUCAAAAAACUGAAGCAGAUUAAGAACAGGAUGAGAAGGACUGAUUGGCUGUUCCUCAAUGCCUGUGUUGGUGUUGUGGAAGGCGACCUGGCAGCUGUGGAGGCCUACAAGUCAUCGGGAGGUGAUAUCGCACGACAACUAAAAUCAGACGAGGUGCGCCUAUUAAAUCGGCCCUCAGCAUUUGAUGACGGCUUCACGCUAGUCCACCUCGCCAUCCGCUUCCAGAGACAGGACAUGCUGGCUGUGUUACUCACGGAGGUGUCCCAACAGGCAGUCAAGUGUAUUCCAGCCAUGGUGUGUCCUGAGCUAACGGAGCAGAUCCGUCGUGAGGUAGCAGCUUCUCUUCACCAGCGCAAGGGAGACUUUACCUGCUAUUUCCUCACUGACUUGGUGACCUUCACCCUGCCAGCAGACAUCGAGGACUUGCCUCCAGCAGUUCAGGAAAAACUGUUUGAUGAGGUGCUGGACCGAGACGUACAAAAAGAACUCGAGGAGGAGUCUCCCAUCAUCAACUGGUCCCUGGAGCUCGGGACUAGGUUGGACAGUCGAUUGUACGCUCUGUGGAACCGCACAGCAGGGGACUGUCUCCUCGACUCCGUGCUGCAGGCUACAUGGGGUAUCUAUGACAAGGAUUCAGUGCUCCGCAAGACCCUCCACGACAGCCUGCAUGACUGUUCUCACUGGUUUUACACACGCUGGAAAGAGUGGGAGUCGUGGUAUUCCCAGAGCUUCGGCCUGCAUUUCUCACUCCGAGAGGAACAGUGGCAGGAAGACUGGGCUUUCAUCCUUUCCCUAGCUAGUCAGCCAGGAUCCAGCUUGGAGCAGACCCACAUUUUCGUUCUUGCACACAUACUUCGUAGGCCUAUUAUCGUCUAUGGAGUGAAGUAUUACAAAAGUUUCCGUGGCGAAACACUCGGGUACACCCGUUUUCAAGGUGUGUACUUGCCCCUUUUGUGGGAGCAGAGCUUCUGCUGGAAGAGCCCGAUUGCUCUUGGAUACACGCGAGGCCACUUCUCAGCACUGGUUGCCAUGGAGAACGACGGCUUCGACAAUCGUGGCGCGGGCGCCAACCUCAACACAGACGAUGACGUGACUGUCACGUUCCUGCCGCUGGUCGACAGCGAGAGGAAGCUGCUUCACAUUCACUUCCUCUCAGCGCAGGAAAUGGGCAAUGAAGAGCAACAGGAAAAGCUGUUGCGGGAGUGGUUGGACUGCUGUGUGACGGAGGGUGGGGUUCUGGUGGCUCUUCAGAAAAGCUCCCGGCGCCGCAACCACCCGCUCGUCACCCAGAUGGUGGAGAAGUGGCUGGAUGGCUAUCGGCAGAUACGCCCCUGCACCUCUUUGUCUGACGGCGAAGAGGAGGAAGACGACGAGGACGAGUGACAAAACUAAAGUGGGGGGAGGCGGCCUGCGGGGGGGGGCAGGACUCCUCCCCUACUCUCUCUUACAGUUUGUCUUUAUUUUUGCUAUCCUGAUACGGACAAACUGUGAAAGCCUUCCGGAGAAGACAGGGAACCACAAGCCCCCACCCACCUUCCACCACUGACGGAAGACACUGCUACUCUAGCACACGCAGGCACUCGGACAUACACUUAAAACACAUUCAACACUUUACCCGGACAAACCUGAGACUGACAAACUCCACUGCUGCCAAACACAGAUGUGGGGAGAAAAUAAAGGUUUACGAAUGCAAAUGACCUUUUGAUUUGUUUUGAUUUUCAAAUAUAAAGGAAAAAAGGAAUCUUUAUCCAUAGAUGUAAAUGCAUGUGGUUGUUUAAAAAAAAAAAAAAGAAGAGUAUAAGGAAAUAUACCAGCAUUGAUUUCAAAUCAACACUUUAUAUCCGUUCAGUAUGGGCACUGACAAAAGCACACUUCCAAAUUGAUCUUUUUGAUGUUUUUUCCAGUUGUAAAAGAGUUGGCUUUAGCAUUUUGUUUUUGAAUGGGCAGGGACAAAGCCAAUAAAUAUUAUCUUUAGACAACCAGAGAUUGUGUAAUAAUUAAUUACUUUAAUCCUUAUGACUAAGCACUGCACAUUUAUUAAAACAUUUCUAUAUAAAUACAGUAUCAUUGCUUGAAUUAAGGUCAUAUAUGAAGCUCUUGAAAAGGGAGAUGUUCCCUUUACAAGUCAAAUCUACACUCAUUAAGAAUUAGCACACAUACAUUCAUGUUGGAUCUUUGGUUUACCUUUUUUCAGACUGACUGAGCUGAGAAGUUGUUUGUGUGUGUGUGUGUGUGUGUGUGUGUGGUUUUUCUUCUCUGAACUUUACAUAUUUAUUGUUUGGAAACAUUUGAGCUAAUGAGAGCUUUCUGUAUAUUUUUUCUCCUUUUUGUGGUUUUGUUAAUUAUUCUCUCAAUCUUGAUGAAGACACGUUGCACAGAAACACUGUUGCUGUGAGGAAAGAACCAAUCAUGACCAUCAGUAAAAAGUUUACUUAUGUUGUUGCGUGCAAUUUAGUACCUCAUCUGGAUUCCUAAAAUCUGGUGCUUCUUGGGGCGUGGGAUGUGAGACACAUUCAGUGUCGACAUAAACCCAGAGUCAUACUUCUCUCAUCAUUGUUUCCUACUUCCUCUUUGUCCUUUUUUCCUUAUAGCAUUUGUUGUCAAGGUCACCCUCAUGGUACACAUCAGUUCACCUCCUCUGUAAAGCCUGUUUUGUUAUCAAUAUGUGAAACCAUCUUUAAGUUUUUGAUUGAGGUCGUUGUGAGAGAAUGCAACAUAUAAAACCAAAGCUGACAGAAGAAAACGAAAAAAAAACACGAGUUGUUACUUUUUUUUUGCUGUGAAUGUUUGCAUUUUGUUUUUCCUUGCCAUUGUGUACUGUAACCUCUUUCGUGUUUCAUUCAUGUCAUACACGCUUUGAGCAUCACCUGUAUGUUGCUUUGUAUUUAUGCAAUAGUUGCAGUUGUGACUAUGAUGGUUUGUGGAUUUAGGCCUCAUUUCACUAUACAGAGUGUAACGCAAAGAACAGGCAAAUAAGGAAAAAAAAAUAAAGGAAAACCUUUUUGAAUGUCCAACUAAA